AUGUCUGCGGAGCGCCUUCACCGCACGCCUGCGCGGGCCGAGACCCCCAGCACCCCGGGGGAGUUCGAGAGCAAGUACUUCGAGUUCCACGGCGUGCGGCUGCCGCCCUUCUGCCGCGGGAAGAUGGAGGAGAUCGCCAACUUCCCGGUGCGGCCCAGCGACGUGUGGAUCGUCACCUACCCCAAGUCCGGCACGAGCCUGCUGCAGGAGGUGGUCUACCUGGUGAGCCAAGGGGCGGACCCUGACGAGAUCGGCCUGAUGAACAUUGAGGAGCAGCUGCCCGUGCUGGAGUACCCACAGCCUGGCCUGGACAUCAUCAAGGAGCUGACAUCCCCCCGCCUCAUCAAGAGCCACCUGCCCUACCGAUUCCUGCCCUCCGACCUCCACAACGGGGACUCCAAGGUCAUCUACAUGGCCCGCAACCCCAAGGACCUGGUGGUCUCCUACUACCAGUUUCACCGCUCGCUGCGCACCAUGAGCUACCGGGGCACCUUCCAGGAGUUCUGCCGGCGCUUCAUGAAUGAUAAGUUAGGCUACGGCUCCUGGUUUGAGCACGUGCAGGAAUUCUGGGAGCACCGCAUGGACUCGAACGUGCUUUUCCUCAAGUAUGAAGACAUGCACCGGGACCUGGCGACGAUGGUGGAGCAGCUGGCACGGUUCCUGGGGGUGCCGUGUGACAAGACCCAGCUGGAGGCCAUGACAGAGCACUGCCACCAGCUGGUGGACCAGUGCUGCAAUGCCGAGGCCCUGCCCGUGGGCCGGGGGCGCAUCGGGCUCUGGAAGGACAUCUUCACCGUGUCCAUGAAUGACAAGUUUGACCUGGUGUACAAGCAGAAGAUGGGCAAGUGUGACCUCGCGUUUGACUUCUACUUGUAACUACAGCAGCGGCCACCUUGCAUGCUCCCGGUACCCCCACACUAAUAGCUAAGCCGUAUGUGCCCUGGCAGCACUCGCCUGGUGGACUGGAGGCGGCGGCCGGGCCCCCACGGAGCCCGAGGUGCCUGGAGCACAGCGUUGGCGACAGGCACCCAGAACCUCUCACAGCCCCCCCUGGCGAUUGUAAUUUUCCGGGCUCUUCACGGGGAAGCUAAGUGAUGCCACUAAACCAAAAACAAGCCCGUUUCCAGGGGCCAGGAGCAGCUCGGGAGGGGGCCAAGUGCCCCUUAGCUUGCCUCUGGCCCUGCAGGUGAGGCAGAGGGCUCUGAUGGACAGGAGUCCUGGCGGGUGUGGCACAGACUGCGUGUGAGAGUUCGAGUCCUGGGGCUGCCCCGAGGGGAAGCAGAAGCCGAUGCCAUCCCGCCCCGGAGAGAGAAGCUCCCUUCCCGCCUGAGUGCUGCGGAUGGCCCUGGUCCGGAAAAGCUCCUGCUGGCCAUUCGAUGGGAGUGCAUGCGGGGACAGAAGAGGCGGCCACAGAGGGUUUCAGUGAAAUCGCAGCCUGGUGUGGGUGCCCUGAAACCCUUCCUGCCUGCCUGCCAGCAAGCAGAUGCCCAAUAGUCCGGCUCUGAAAGCCCGGAUUGCGCUUGGCCUGUCUGCCCCGCUGAUGCCCACUGGAGGAGCACUGAGUAUGCCGAAUCAAGCCACCCCCCUCCGCCCUGCCUUUGUCUCUGCUCCGGCCCUGGCACCGGUGAGGGAGGGGAGAAGCCCAGCCCAGUGGCCUGGGGCCUCUCGUCAGGGCUCCCUGAUGCAGCUCGAAGCAGGCGGCCGGUUGGGACAUUUUCUUUCUAUUUUUCUAUUUUUAGUCCUGGAUGGAUGUUUCCGAGCGCUCCACUCUCCUUGCUUGCUUGCACCACUAAUAAAGGCACCUUCCGGA